AUGAAAAUAUGUUCUAUUUUCAGAUCUGGACAUUUUUUAUUUUUGCUUUGUCUUUUCACUGUGGAAGGCAAAAAGUCACCUACAGGAAAGCAUCCCUGCCGAAAAGAAUUCCUCUCCCAGGUGACAGAGAACCUGUAUAUCAAGGCAACUAGUUUAAAAUCAUCUGUUCCAAAGGAUCUCAUCAAGACCACAAGAUUGCUUAAAAAGUCUACAAAAAUACCGUUUAUGACAAACUGCAGUGUUCGAGAUCAACUCCUAUCCUUCUAUGUGAAUAAUGUUUUCAGUCAUCUUGAGAUAGGAAGAGACAAGUUGUAUGUUAUUAGCGCCUUCCAGGUCCUGCAAGUGAACAUGGAUGCCUGUCAUCCAUGUGCUCCAUCCACAAGAUUAACUUCUGCAGUCAAAAAAUUAAGGAGAACGUUUUUUAAGCUUGGAGAGAAGGGAAUCUACAAAGCCAUCCAUGAGCUGGACAUUCUCCUUCCCUGGAUUCGGGCCUACAUACAAACCAUCCUAUGA